AUGGAGAGUUUAGAACAUGCAAUGAAAAGGGAUGCACCAAUACUUGCUGAAUACUUGGGAGGUGCAGUAAAUUGUGAUGCUUAUCAUGUAACUAAUCCACGAUCUGAUGGGCUUGGUCUUUCGUAUUGCAUACAAAGCUGCCUUAUGAAUGCUGGUGUGUCGGUAGAAGAGGUAAACUACGUUAAUGCACAUGCCACUUCAUCCGUGGUUGGUGAUCCCAUUGAAUUAAAAUCGCUUAUGAACGUAUUCAAGAACACUUCAUGGACGAAAAUCAAUGCCACCAAGUCAAUGAUAGGUCAUUGCAUGGGCGCAACUGGAAGUCUAGAAGCCAUUGCUACAAUUAAAGCUAUUCAAACAGGAUGGUUACAUCCUACCAUCAAUCAAUUCAACCUAGAACCAAGGGUGGAGUUUGACACUGUUGCAACUCAAAAGCAACAACAUGAGAUUAAUGUUGCUAUUUCAAAUUCAAUGGGUUUUGGUGGACACAACUCUGUUGUAGCAUUUACUGCAUUCAAACCUUGA